GAAGACUCGGUGUAGAACACGACUGAUCACCUCCUCUGGACCAUAUCCUCGGGCUUCUCAUUGUACAGGAGUUGCCCAUCAUGGCGUUCACUCUGAGUGGAGGUCACUAUAACCUCAAGUCUCUGAUCAAAGCUAUCCGGUCAUGCAAGACUCUAGCGGACGAGCGGCUGGUCAUCUCGAAAGAAUCAGCUGCGAUAAGGACUUCUUUCAAAGAGGAAGAUUCGUUCGCUCGCCAUAACAAUAUCGCCAAACUCCUCUACAUUCACAUACUUGGAUAUCCUGCUCAUUUCGGUCAGAUAGAAUGUCUGAAACUGGUGGCGAGUCCGAGAUUCAGUGAUAAGCGAUUGGGAUUUCUCGGAAUCAUGCUUUUGUUGGAUGAGAAUCAAGAGGUCUUGACGUUGGUCACGAAUUCGCUGAAAAAUGAUAUGAACCACUCAAACAUGUAUGCUGUCGGUCUGGCGUUGUGUACCUUUGCGAACAUCUCAUCGGAGGAAAUGUCGCGAGAUCUUAGCAAUGAAAUCCAGAAAUUGCUGGGCAGCAGUAAUACGUAUAUCAGGAAGAAGGCCGCCCUCUGUGCCCUCAGAAUCAUUCGCCGAGUACCGGACCUCAUCGAUCACUUUUCUCUUAAAACGAAAGCGCUGCUUCAAGAUCGCAAUCACGGUGUCCUCCUAGCUGGAGUAACCCUGGCGACUGAGAUGUGCGAGCUAGACGAAUCGGUCUGCGCCGAGUUUAGAAAGGGCACAGGACUACUGGUCAAACACCUCAAGAACCUCGUCUCCACCGGCUUCAGCCCCGAACACGAUGUGGGCGGAAUCACCGACCCUUUCCUCCAGGUCAAACUGCUGCGACUUUUGAGACUCCUUGGGCGAGGCGACGCGCAAGCAAGCGAGACAAUGAACGAUAUACUAGCGCAAGUAGCUACCAACACCGACUCGUCCAAAAACGUUGGGAAUUCUAUCCUCUAUGAGACCGUUUUGACAGUUUUGGAGAUCGAGGCGGACAGUGGGCUUCGAGUCAUGGCGAUCAACAUUCUUGGAAAAUUCCUCACCAACCGAGACAACAAUAUCCGCUACGUGGCACUGAACACGCUCAACAAAGUUGUAUCCAUGGACACCAAUGCGGUCCAGAGACAUCGAAACACUAUUCUCGACUGUCUGCGCGAUGGAGAUAUCUCUAUCCGCCGGCGUGCUCUCGAGCUCUCCUAUGCCUUGGUCAACGAGUCCAACAUCCGAGUCAUGACGAGGGAAUUGUUAUCUUUCCUCGAGGUGGCAGAUAAUGAGUUCAAACUGGGAAUGACGACUCAGAUUUCCCUCGGCGCCGAAAGAUUUGCCCCUAACAAGCGAUGGCAGAUCGACACGGUUUUGAGAGUGUUGACAUUGGCCGGCAACUAUGUUCGCGAAGAGAUAUUGGCUUCCUUCAUUCGGCUGGUCUGCCAUACGCCAGAGCUCCAAUUCUACACUGCACAACGGCUAUACUCUGCGCUGUCGAGCGAUCUUUCCCAAGAAUCUUUGACGCUUGCGGCUGUCUGGGUGAUCGGAGAGUUCGCCGAUGUCCUAUUGCAGGGUGGCUCCAUGGGAGAGGGCGAGGAGGCAAAGCAGGUCUCCGAUUCCGACAUUGUCGAUCUCUUCGAACUUGUUCUGAACUCUCCCUACGCCAACACGCUCACUCGUCAAUUUGUACUUGUCUCUGCAUCAAAAGUCUCCGCCAGAUUGACGGAACUGUCCACGCCCACCCAGUCGACCCAACAAGACCGGAUCGCCGUCAUGCUCGCUGGCUUCAGUUCAAAUCUCGAGCUUGAGAUACAACAACGAGCAGUGGAGUUCGCUUCUCUAUUCUCUCGAGGAGAUGUCAAAGCUGGAGUCUUGGAACGAAUGCCGCCGCCAGAGAUCCGGGCGACUAUCAUGGGCACUGUGAGCGAGAGGAAACCUGUCGGAUCAACGAGGACAGACAAGGACACCAUCGUAGAUCUCAUCGGUGAUGACACCUCUGCUCCAGCUGUCAACGGCAAUUCUUCUGGUCCGUCAACACAGGAUCUUUUGGCCGAUAUUUUCGGCUCCAGCUCUACAGAGGAGACUCCAGCAGCAUCCUCAGCUCCUUCUCGUAGUGCCAACGCGGACAUAAUGAGUCUAUUCAACACGUCUGCUGCUCCCGCCUCUAGCUCGACAUCUGCUUCGCUCUUUGACAUGACAACGCCACCACCAGCCACCUCUUCAACACCUGCAGCUCCUGCUUCUGCACCGGUAAAACCUCAACUACAGAGCUAUCCGGCGUACGACAAAAAUGGUCUCAAGAUCACCCUUACGCCGCGUGUAUCACCCACGCAACCUGGCGUGGUGCAAAUCCUGGCAAAAUUCACCGCAGCGGAACAGGUCGAAUCGGUGAACUUCCAAGUCGCUGUGCCGAAGACCCAGCAACUACAAAUGCAAGCCAUGUCCAAUACGGACAUUGCCGCAGGGGCCACAGAAACACAACAGAUGAGGAUUUUAGCACCUGCAGGAGCCCAAAUUCGUCUGAGGAUGAGAAUAGGAUUCACAAAGGGUGGUCAAAGCGUGUCUGACCAGCAAGACUUUUCAGGUUUCCCAGCAGAUUUGACUGCUGCAAAAUGAGAGGCAUGCGUCCAUGUGAAUACGCCCGAUUGAUCAUCCUCAUUGUAUCAUAAUAGAACUGCCUGCAAAUGCAUAUGAGAUCA